AUGGCGGUGUUGGGCGUAGGAUCGGGUGUCGCGUUGCUCUCGACCGUUAACACUGUUCUACUAGACUCCUUCCCCCGAGUGCCAACCAUUUACAUGUCGGGUAUAACGUGCAUUGCAGGGUUUCUUGCGGGACUCGUCUACGUCACUCCGGGAGGACAGUACAUAUUAGAAUUAGUUGACUACUAUGGAGGAACAUUUAUGAGACUGUUUGCAGCCAUUACUGAAACUAUCGGAGUGUUUUGGAUUUACGGUCUAGAAAAUCUGUGCGUGGACAUUGAGUUCAUGUUAGGACUGAAGACAUCUUUCUACUGGCGCAUUUGCUGGUCCAUCGUCACUCCUACUAUCAUGAUAGCGGUGUUCUUCUAUGCUCUAAUCACGACGGAAGCACUUUUAUUUGGCGGGACCUAUCAGUAUCCUCCAGCGGCUUACAGUAAG